AUGUCGGGAGGCUUCGCCAACGCCGUGUACUACCCCUCGUGGAUCAUCUACAAGGGCAAGCCCCCGUCAUCGUUGAACGUGACCCAGGCGAGCCAUGUUCUCUACUCGUUUGUCGGCAAACACGAUGAUGACGAUGACGAUGACGGGCUGACGUCCAUCAAGGCUAUUGACGAGUGGGCCGAUACAGGCGUCGAGGCCGACGGCGAGAAGGGCUGCCUCGCGGCCCUCGCCAAGCUGAAGCGCUCCAACCCGCACCUCAAGACGCUCGUGUCCAUCGGCGGCGGCACCGGCAGCGCGCAGUUCCCCGCCAUGGCAGCCAACCCGCAGGCCCGCGAGACAUUCGCCCGGGCGAUCCGCGCCUUCGUCGAGCAGCACGAGCUCGACGGCGUCGACACACCCCAAGAACGCCCGCGAGGGCCAACGACUUUCUUGCACCUCCUCUACACGAUCCGCACGCAGCUGCCGGGCCCGCGCUACCUCCUGACGACGGCGCUGCCGCCGGGGCGAGCGGCGGGCCACCCGUUCUCCGACGCCGGCGAGAUGAACUAUUGCGACUUUCCGGCGGCCUGGGUGGAGCAGGCGCGCGUCGACGAAGAGGCGGCGGCGGCGUGGCACGUCGAUCCCGACAAGGGGUUCGCGAGCUUCGACACGCCGGCGAGCGUCCGCAUCAAGGCGCGCUGGGUCAGGGAGAGGCAGCUCGGCGGGCUCAUGUACUGGACAGGCUCGGCGGACCGGCCGGGCAGGGAGAGUCUUGUGAGCGCUGGGUAUCUGGAGAUGCACGGGUAUGCGCCGCUGUAG